AUGGGAUUUAUGUAUGGCAGUCACUGCCUUAGCUGCAACUACAUUGGGGAGGAAGGGGGAGUUGUCAAAGACAAAUGCCCAGUGCGCACGCCAGAUGGUGUGAACCAUGAUGGAGGCAAUCGCAAUCUGGAGAGAGGAGGAUACGGAGGGAGAAAGCCGAGUACGAGUGAGAAGCCAGGCAACGUCAGAAAUGGACCAGGACGGACACAUUUGCCGCAGUACCAAUGUCCACACGGGAAACUUGCGGGGGCAGGAGAAGACGAAAUGUUGGAGCGAGUCCACCGCAGAGAGAUCUAUGUAAUCUAUGUAUCUAUUUAUUUACAAAUGACAAUGACAAUGACAAUGAAAAUCGCAACUUUCACACCACACCACACCACAUCACAUCACAUCACAUCGCACAUGGCUCUUUCCACUAACACUCCGGAACCACCAGGGGUCAAAAACCCCUCCACCACUGGCUCAUCUCCACCAUUGGCAACCUCAUUCACACCAAUCUCACCUACUCUGACACCACUAUACUCACAAGUAGCUACACAGAAUGCACCUCCACUCACCGAAAAGCAACCACAUGUUAUCUUUAGCUCUACAAAUAACACAACCCCACGUACCUGGCGUGUAGGGUCCUCUAAGUUCUCUGUAUUCUUUACCGCCCCACCAAAAACGUCACCCAACUUCGACCCUUUCUGGAGAGCCCUUCUCGCAGCUUACCCUCGCGAAGUUAACAUGGGAAUCACUCUUGGAUCUCGCUAUUCCCCUGAUACAUGCGAGCUCCACCUGGCUACCAGUGCUGACUGUGAGAGAGCGUGCUCUCAUCCUUUGGUAGUCGGCGUUUCAUCUUUUCCCGCUCAACCGGCUGUUCCCAUUGGCACAAUUGUUCGCCGUGUUUUCCUGACCAAGCUUCCUCGUGUCCCCUAUCCGGAACUUGCUACACAGCUCACGAAAUGUAUGUCUCCUUUUGGUAAAGUGCGUGAGAUUGCCGUUCACGAAACGUAUGGGUUUUUUGACGGCUCUGGAUAUGUUGUCCUUGCCAACACCCCCACUGACGAGGUGCCAUCCGAUUCCCUGACGUACCAAAUAGCAUACGACGCUACGCAAAAGAUACUCGGUAAGUGGCCUUCGAUGGGCUCCCACUGCACUUAUUGCAAGGAAAUGGGACACGAAGUCACCCAGUGCACUAAGCGCCCAGCCGAAACCCGAACGUGCUUUGGAUGCAACAAGAUCGGCCACCUGCAAGCCAAUUGCCCGCACUCCUCCGAUCCAUCCAAGACUUCUAAGACCUCAAACAAGCGAUCCCGUCACCCCCACCGCAACGUUAAGCUCGAUCGACCUAUCCGCGAGCCUAAGCCUCUGAUUCCGACUGCACUCUCGCUCACCUACGGAGGAUCCGAGGCUUCCAAGCACAAUCCGCACAAACCUGCUUUGCUUGAGUCUGCAAAACUAACCCUACCGGCAACCCUCCCUGCCAUCACGACAAUAUCUGCGACAACCACGUCCUCCGGCCCUCGUCCCCGAAGUCGUUCUGUUGACACUCCUGUGAAGGGCUGGGACGAUGAGAUAGACGACGACAUGAUCACUGACUUCACGGAUAGAGUCGAGGCUCGGACUCUCCGUCUUCAGAAUGCCUCUCGCCUCUCUCAUCUCCGGUUUUCUCGGACAGUACGUCCAAUAGGCCGCAACACAUCCCUCUCACCUCCUCGCUUCACUCCCCCACAUAGCAAGAAAGCCCUCGACGCAGAGGCCAAGAUUAACCAAUGA